AUGGCUAACUUGAAAUUUUGGCUGUGUUUGUUCCUGAUCUGUGUUUCGUUGUCACGGUCAUCAGCAUCUCGGCCAAUGCAGCAGCAGUUUGCAAACUCAGAGGGACAGAAACGAGGGCGUAUGAUGAAAGAAGCUGAAAGAGUGUUGAAAGCUAAUAUGGAGAAGCUGAUGGAGAGAGGCUUUAACGAGUCCAAGAGACUUAGUCCUGGAGGUCCUGAUCCUCGUCAUCACUAA